GUGCUUAUUUUGAGUUGCACUCUCCCAUGUGUUGAUUGGUUCCGUUUGCGCCUGUGGCCUGGGUUUUAAAAAAUAUCCGGUCGUGGAAAAAAGUGCUCAUUAAAUUUAACUUCCAGAGACAUUAUCGUGUAAUCCGGUGAACAAGCUCGACAAGAUGCAGCAGGACGAGAUUGUUUGGAGUAUCAUCAGUAGGCAGUUCUGCUCGUACCAGGUCAAAACACAGACGCAAAACUUCUGCCGGAACGAGUACAGCUUGACGGGACUGUGUUCCCGUAAAUCAUGCCCAAUCGCCAACAGCCAAUACGCCACAAUCCGGGAAGAGAACGGAAUCGCUUAUCUGUACAUGAAAACAGCGGAACGCAAUGCAUUCCCUGCGAAGCACUGGGAGAAGGUCAAACUGUCGCGGAACUUCGAGAAGGCGAUCUAUCAGAUCAAUGAGAACCUGCUGUACUGGGAUCGGUUUGUGCGGCUUAAGUGCAAGCAGCGGUUCACCAAGAUUACACAGUAUUUGAUUCGUAUGCGGAAGCUGAAGCUGCGCCGGCAGAAACUGCUCGUUCCGUUGGCCACGAAGAUCGAGCGGAGGGAGAGACGCCGGGAGGAGAAGGCACUGGUUGCGGCCAAGAUCGAUAACGCCAUCGAAAAGGAGCUGAUGGAGCGGUUGAAAAAGGGCGCUUACGAGGAUAUCUAUAACUUCCCCCAGACGGCGUUCAACAAGGCGAUGGAGGCGGAGGAGGUAGAGGAAGAGGAGGGUGAGGCGGAGAGUGAGCUGGAAGACGAACAGGAGGUGGAGAGAGAGAUGGAGAUCGAUGCGGAAGUCCAGCGGGAGCUGGAUAUGGAUGAUGAGUUUGUGGAAGGCGAUUCGGAUGAUGAUGAUGACGAUGCUGACGAUGACGAGGAUGAUGAUGGUGAGGAGAUGGAUGAUGAUUCUGACGCGGAAAGCGAAUCGGGUGUCAGAGAGCGAGUGGAGGUGGACAGCGAUUUUGAGUCCUCCGAUGAGGACGAUAUUGAGGACAUUGCGUCGAAGGUCACACCACGUCUUCCCAAGAAGGGCAGCAAAGCAGAGAUCGGAAAGGCUAAGCCUUCGACGAGUGGCACCAAGAAGAAACCGAAGAAACUCCGCAAACCACAUCUGGAGAUCGAGUAUGAGGUGGAAACCGAACCAGCGCGGAAUCGGUUACAUAAGUGAGGUAAACCAAACAGUAGCUGACUAAGAUCUAUUCGCUAGUUUAGUGAGAACCCGGGAACUUUGUUGCAUUGUUUUACCCAGGAGAAAAGGGCGAGAAUGUUUCAGAUUCCAGCUUAUUCCUAUCGUUUAUUUACGAUAAAAGAUCGUCGCGUCGUCACCGAGAUGAGAUAAUUUUUGUCACAUUAAAAAAAGGUCUUAAAAACGAGUAAAACUUGCUUUCGUUUAUAACACA